AUGCUUGCAAUUAAGGUUUCUACAAUGAAUGAUAAUUUAAAAGAGUGUAUUCUUGUAUUAGAUGAGAUGUUUCUUGUUGAAUGUGUAUCAUAUGAUGUUUCAUUAAAAUCAUUUAUUGGUAAUGUAACUUUGCCUAAUCACAAUGGUGUUGCAAACCAUGCUUUAGUGUUUAUGUUAACUGGUAUUUUGAGUCGUCAGAAGCAAUCAGUUGCAUAUUAUUUCACGAGUGAUGUAGUAAAAGGCAAUACUUUUAAACCAAUAAUAAUUCAGAUUGUCAUAAAAGCUGAAGAACUAGGACUUAAAGUAAAUUCAGUUACAUUUUAUAUGGGAGCAUGUAAUAGAGCGAUGUGGACAAGCUUUGUAAUUCAUUGUUUACCCGCACACCUACAGAACAAUAUUUUACACCCCUGUGAUCCUGAAUGUAAGAAGUUAUAUUUUUUACUAGAUGUGCCACAUCUACUUAAGAACAUAAAACAAGCAUUAUUUAACAAUAAGUUCAUUAAAUUACCUAAAGAAAAAGUAGAAAAAAUUCAACUUAACAUGUAA